AUGCCCAACAACUAAGUAGAUCAACUGAUUGAUGAUGUGCAAGGCUCAGUUAGAGGAAAAACUCAUCUUAUUCAAUUAUAUACUACAGACCCUGACGAAGGCCCAAGAUUGAUAUCAGACUUUCAUCCUUAGGGUAUCCCAAUCGUUGUUGUUGUUGACCCACCCUCCUGCUGCUAUUAUAAACUAAAUAUUCCUCACGGUAUAGUAUCGCUAGAGUAGGUUUGGGGCAAGCACACAGGCUAAAUGAGCCCUGGUUAUCACUGUUGUUAUUGUUCACAUAAAAGGAUUGCUGCAAUGAUUACUAAGAAUGCUGUCUAAUUUAAUACGCCUAUUGAAGCUUGUCCAACAAAAGAUAAUGUUAGAGUCUCAGUUGAUAUAGGUAUUACAUUCCACAUUGGCAAAGAAGAAACCAGAGCUAAAGAUUGUGAAUAAUUCUUAUAUUAUCUAGGGGCAAACAAACUUUAAGAAUUGCUUGAGUAAGAAUCUGAGGAGAGCAUCAGAAAUUUCAUUCGUACCUAGAAAGUAAAUAGGAUCAGAGACAUAAAGUCAGAGCUGACAUCUCAAAUGAUGGCUGAACUGAAUAAUAGAUUUAACUAAUACGGUGUCUAUGUUGAGCAAGUCAACGUCAUGAAUGUCAUUAUCCCCAAAGAUCUGAGAAUAGCUCUUUAGCAAGCAACAGCAUAUGAUGUGUUCCUCUAAAACUAAGUUAGAUUCUAAGAGAACGUCAAACUUAGAUUGAUGAAUGAAGAGAACAAGAAAAUUCAGACAUUAAAGAGAGAGAACUAGAAGAAGAUGCUAGAAUUAAACAACCAUUUUAUAAUGGAGGAGAUCAGCUUGUAGAAAUUUAAAGUAAACACCGAAACAGAUCAGUAGAUCAGAAUCAUUCAAGCAACCUAAAAUUAGGAGAUCAAGAUGAUUUAGGCUUAGGUGAUGAAAAAUCUGGCUGAACAAAGAGCAAAGAAGUAGGCUGAGUAAAUCCUAGCUGAGGCCAAGGCUUACAAGGCGGGGAAAAUGAUUGAGGUUGAAGCAAGAAAGUUGAAUUUGAUUGAGUCUGCUAAAGCAAGACUUGAAUCAGCUCAGCAAAGGCUCAAGGGUUAGUUGCAAGAGGCAGAUGCUGAAAAUGAUAAUUAGAAUAAUCUUCAAAUGAAGAGAAAGCAUGAACAAAGAAUGAAGAAGACUGAUAACCUAAGAAAGCUUAUGAAAGAUAAGAGCAUUGUCAUUGGAGGAUAGACUGGUGAAAACUUACUAGACUACUUUAAAGAGACUGGUGAAAUGGUUGAUGACUAUGAUAAUUGA